CUUGCUCUGUGUGAUAUUGAGACGAGAGGUAGCAGACGGUUUCUCUCUGAAUGUUGGAUGUUUUGUUAGCUACCUCGUGUUAAACUUUGUGAGUGUAAUCAUUGCCGAUAUAAUUGGAAUAGUAAUUAGUGUCAUUGGCGUUCAUGGAUGUUUUAUCAAGAAGAAGUUAAUUUUCAACUUGUGCAGAGUUGUGUGUAGUACGCAAGGUCCUGCUGCGAUAGCUCAGUCAGUGUUCCCUCAAGAUCUGAGGUGCAAUUGGUUCAACACUCCCUACCCAUGGCUGUCUGUGUUCUUCUGGAAGCUGAAAAACAAACUGACAUGGUAUAACAGACAUGGCUAGUCGUACAAACUCCACUUCAGACCUGGUGUUCACUGAUGGAGAAAUGUCACCACGGUUACAGGAACUCUACUCUCCAAUGUCAAACUUCUCCAUGCAAUCACAGGAAAUACUCAAUUCCUGUGUUCGAAUCGGAGUAUAGUACUCCGAGUAAUCAGUAUGAUGACUAUUCACACAUUCAGUAUACUCCCAAUAGGAAGUUAUCUGCCCCUGUUGCCCCGGACCCCCCACUGAGGACGUCGAGUGUGUCAUCCUUUAUGUCAGACUAUACCCACAGGUCGUACAUGACCAAUCAUGGCAGUGGGCACAGUAGUCAUAGCAACAGUGGACAUGGUAACAGUCGUGGAAUUAACCAUGGCAAUGGACAUGGUGGUGGCGGGGUCUCACAGUAUUACAAGGGACAAAGCAAUCCACAUAACCAGCAUCUACAUCCACCGUCCCGACGGAAAACUUGGACACCUUCCGGAUUAAAAGUCGGCAUGACAGGAAACCUAAGUAAUAGUAACAGCACAAGUAAUGUGAGAAACUGUCAUAGCAACGACCUGCUGGAGAAUAACUAUGAUAGCAUUGUUAAUGGUCAAGUGAGAGGUGACGAUUCAGAGAUAGCACCACCCAGAUUGGCACCAGUAAGCGGAAUACUUCCCAGGUCACCAGCCCGUGGAAUCAUCAAGCCUAUAGCAUUCAAGCCUGUUGUUUUGAACCAUAAUUACGUCAACACUCGCCGGAUGGUGGACCACAGGAAGUACUCUCAGCAGGAUGAUGGGUAUGGGUCGCAGGACUAUCCAAUGACCAAUCAGCGUAAUGUUGCAAAUAUGUCACAUGGAUCGCUUAACACGGAGAGCGACCGAUCGGCUAGUUUCUCGAGUGAUGGUCACAGCAAACAGUUCAGUCCAGAUCGGCCAGAGUCUAUUCGCUCAUUUCAAAUGGACAGUGAUCAUUCGACGAGUUUUUCGAGUGAUGGACAAAGUCAGAAACAAUAUACUCCAGAACGUUCAGAGUCCAUACCUUCGUCAAAUAUGAGUCGCAUUUCUGUGAAUCGUUUAGAUGGCUAUGUGCAGACUCCUUCCCCUAGUGACAGCGGAGUAGGUGAGUUGGAGGCUAUGCUGAAGGAGAAGGAUGCAGAGAUCAAUACAUUACGAGAUGUAAUGGAAAAAAAUGAAAAAGCCAUCUUUCAGGUUUAUGAGGAAAAGAAAAAAUCUUGGUCUCAUGACAUGAAACAAGUAAAAGAUGAAUAUGAUCAGAAACUUAAAGUACAGCAGAGAAAGUCAUAUAAAACAGAGCAGGUUUUGUCACUGCAGGUGUACAAAUUACAGCAGGAGAAGAAAACCAUGAAGGAGGAAUGUGAUCGGAGUAAAACCGAAAAUGAAGAGCUGAAAGAAAAAGUGAAGUCAUAUGCGCAGGAAACUGAAAGACUAGAAUUAGAAGUAGCAAACAUUUCGUCACAUAGUAAGUCAAUUUCGGAUGACAAUGAAAGUGACUUGCAUCUAACUGUGGACAGUUUGAAUGACAGUCUUGCUCUUAAAACUGAAGAAGUUAUUCAGCUACGUAAAGACUUAGAGGAAAAACAACAGGAACUCUUGGAUAAGGAUGAGGAAAUUGGUGAAAAAUUUAGAGAAAUCGUUGCAAGAACUGAUGAAGUUCAGUCUUUAAAAGACAGUUUGCGAAGGGUCUCUCUAGAAUCUUCAAUAGAAAUGGACACAUCUUGUGUUAGUGAAAAAGAUUUAAAAUCCGGAGGAAAAUCUCCUAAUUGUGAUAGAGUGAGAUCCCCUGGAACCUCCAUCUUGGCUGGAGAAGGCCUUAAUGAGGAGGUUCAGCGACUUCGGGAUGAAAUUGAAGCCCAUCAUGAUGUUCUUGAGAAAGAAAGAGAACAAUGGGCAGAUGAAAAGAACAAAGUGAUUCGCUAUCAAAAACAGCUCCAGUUAAAUUAUGUGCAAAUGUUUCGUAAAAAUAAGCUUCUUGAAGCAGAAGUGGAACAACUGACACUGGAACUUGAGAGUAGGGAUAUUAAACUCAUGUCUAUCAAUGGAGAGGAAUCCGUGUGCUAGGGUGGCUAUGUGCAAUAAGGAUUAUGGUGCUAUACUGUACUUUUACCAAAACAUUAUUCUUGGAAAUCCUCAACUGAGUUAUUGAUAUGUAGAAGAAUUCCGAGUGAUACGAAACAAGAAUACCUGUGAACUUACAUAGCGAAUCAAUGUGUAUAGAAAUCAAAUAUACAUUUUGUGUAUAUAUUAAGAAAAUGUGAAAAAAAUAUUCAUUUCAGUACAGAAACUUACAUGAUAUUCUUACUUCUCGGAACGUGACUGGAUCAUGAUGAGUGCAACAGAACAUUCUGGUUUUUCAUUGCCGUUUAGCAAUUCGACAGAUCUAGAUUUCAGUUCUACUUAAUUCACAAAUCUAUAUUUCAGUGUUGAAAUACAAGUACAUAUUGCAUAGAGAUUUGACGACAGGUUAGGUCAAUGGCAUAUACAUUAAUACCAGUGUUUCUAUUGAUUUGUACCAAGAAAUAUUCCAUACCAUCCAAUAAUUAAGCCCAUGCCUCAUAGGAAAUAGGCCCACACCUGUCUAUUGGUGUCACUGUUCCAUAAAAUCACCAAACCCCUAUACUUUGCGACUUGGGCAUAUUUUGAGAUAAAUAUGAUAUACAAAAUACAAAUAUAGUCAAAUGAGAAGCCAGAUAUGUAAUUUUCUCUGUUGUCAUAAACAAACGUGACAGUAUAAUACUUCCUGCAUAUUGUAUGGCAAGAAUUUUUUUUUUUAUGAUAACUCCACAGCACUUUAUAAUCUUCUAUGUUAAUAACGUCUCCUAACUAAUUCUAUCAUAAGAUAAUUAUUUCCCUACCUAUAUUUUUUUUCAAAGACAGAGUUAUCUGGAAAGCUGUGUAGCUAACAAUAGAUAUCUAUAUCUACUUCAGUUUUAAGCUGAUUAUAAUUACAUAUCAAAGGGAAAAAACUUAAAUGAUUUUCAUAUUAAUACAAUUUUAUUAACUAGAAAUAACAACAAAACUCCUGUUAGCAUUCUUCAUUUUUCUAAUCUAGGUAAAUUUUUACAAGAUACAAUAUAUACCAACAUUUUCAAAUGAUUGCAUGUUAGUAAAAAAAUCCAAGCUUGCUUUUUUUUGGUUUAAAGUCAAUGUACCCUCUGGCCUUUUCCACCAGACAAAAGAAAUUUUGUCAGAAGAUAAACAAAUGACCACCCCAGAUAUUUCAUCUGUUAAAAAUGUCUUACCUUUGGCAGAAAGGGACAGAAUUCACUCUGGCUAAAUUCUGAGUUUAACUAAUGAGGUAAUAAAAAGCAUUAUAGGUAAUAUUAUUAAAGACUGAUACUACCUAGUAACAAGGGAAAGCCUGGCGAAACUGAAUCUUUAGAAACAUGAAACAAUAUUUAGAAUCCCUGUACAUGGAAAUUAUUUUUAGGCACAGCUGUCUCUUACGGGUCGUUAAGAACAUCAUUUCAUUGAUGUCUUUUUAAAUGAAGAAAAUUGGAAGUGCUGUGUUAUAGAAAGACAAUUUGAUCCACAAAUUUUAAUAACAGAAUUUUGGUCUUUUGUUUCAUCACAAGAUUUAUAAUGUCUGUUCCAUCAUAAUAUUAUUGAUUAAUUGUAAGACUUAGAUGUUAAAGGCAGCAUAUUUUUCUUAUUAAUGAUUAACUUUUGUAUACAUUAGCAGUCGCUUGUUAAAGAAAAAAAAAAUAUGUGGAUAGAAAUUAAGUCCUUGUACUGGAACCUCUUGUAUAUUUAUUGAAAAAACAAUUUACAGAACAGAUUAUUCUUAAUUGAGGUAUAUGCAGAUCUUACUCUUGGCAUUUAAAAAUCUGGUCAAGUUACGUUACAGGUCAAGUGCAGCCUGGGGGAAAUUAUCCCUCCAGUUUUUCUUGUCUUUUCCCUUGUUUGCAAGGUAAUUUUAAUUACUGUAGUAUAUAAUGUGAAAGCAUAUAAUUAUGUUCAUCAUAUAGUUUCUGAAAUAUUGGUAUGUCAAAUACAAGUAGCAGUAUGUUGAGUUGUAUUUUUGACUAAUUUUUCAUACAAGCAAAAAAGCAUUAAAUAGAAUUGUGAUUUAAAAAAGAAAAUACAAGAAUAUAAUUUUUUGAUAUUUUUGUUUCUUCGGAACUUCAGGUAUCUAAAAUUACAUUUUUGUAUAAUAUUUUAAUAUGUUUUUCACUGGUAACCAAGUUUAUGAUUUAUCAGAAUUAUAGUUUUAACGAAGUUUCUUCACUCUGAGUGAAACACAUUACUGACUUCCAUACUGAUAAGCUUUUCCUGGAUUCUUGAACUCUUGAAUUACUGUGAAAAAUUCAGUGAGUUUGUGUUACAGCCUGUUAUUAUUCCUGAGAAAAUCUACAUGAUAAAAAUCAGUCCAAAAUUUAUGAACAUUACGCACCAGAUGAUAUGACAAUAUAACUUACUGACCUUGUGGUUAAAUUUUGAAUUAAGAAAAACUCAGAGAAGCAGAUAUUAAAAUAAUAGGAUGUUUUUGUAGGAUAUUUGAUGCGUAAAAUACUUAAUGAAAUAAUACUCCCAAUGUAACAUUACUAAUUAACCAUUUCUUUUUAUUGCGUUUUCUGAACUAAAAUGACUGAUUUACCUUCCUAAUUACUACAUACUUGUCUGAGCAGCUAGACCACUGCAUAUAUUUUAUACACUUCGGCACUCAAUCCAGUCUUAGCAGUGUAGGGGAGAUAAAUCUUAUAUAUUUAAUGACAGAUUGUGAUAUCAUUUCUUACUGAUACAAUCUACUGCAAAUCUUUGCAACAUAAUAUGAAACUGCCUGAAAAUGAUUGAUGGGAUUACCUUAGUAUUGUUGUUAUGUGAUUUUGAAAUGCAAGGAUACAGUAAUAACCAUUUUACUGUAAGGGGCACAGAAUUGGAGGGACAGUGUAUAGAGGAUGGGGCACAAGAUAUGGUAAAUAUGGUACAGCUGUUGCCAUGUUUUCUCUACAUUGGUACUACCUAUAUAGAUAUGUACAUACUAACCCUGAUAUUAUAUAUAGCAUUUACUUGAAGGAAUAAUUCAAUAUUCCAACUUCAGUUGUAUGGAGUCUUUCGUGGUUGUUGAAUUACAACCAGUGAUUUUCUAGUCAAGACACAAUUUUAUUAUCCAUUUUAAGUGUGAGCAAGUUUAUCCAGUCAUUGUCAUUUGUAGCUAUGUGGAAUAUAGCAGCUUAUUUUUGACCUUUGACCCUCCAAAUCAUUCCUUGUUUUAAAUUAAUGUCCUUCAUUAAAAUGAUAACACACAAUGAUAUAGAGAUGAAAAAAUGUUUGCAUGGAAAUAAUAAAAAAUAAUCCUUCAUUCAUGCAUUCAAAUAUAUAUGUAUUUUACAGUUGUUGUGAGACAGUUUUUCUAAGAUUUAUUAUUUCCUAACAGUUACAAAAAUAAAAAGCAUUUUAUGCAUGUGACCUGUUACUUUUGGGGGUCAAGGUCAGUUUGACAAUUAGUCAUAAUAGAAAUUUUGCAUAACAGCAAUUUUCAUUAAAUUGAUUGGUCUUGCUUGCAGAUCAUUAAAAAUGAUGAUUAAUGAAUAAAUUCUAUGAACAUUA